UUGACUCGAUGUAAGACAAGGUCAGGAUGUGGUCUUCAGGACGUGCAGACCAUGCUCACUUCCUACUGUGGUCUCAGGGACAGGGCUGGAAGGCUUAUGAGCACAGAGGCACUGAGAGCCCUCACAUCCACCUAGGACAGACCCUCAGAGCUCAACUCCAGCCCCUCAUUAUACAAGUGGGGAAACACAGGUCACAAGAGGGUGAAUGACUGGCUCAGGAUAUGUAACUUGUUUGGGUGGAGCUGGAUCUAAAUUUGCUCUCUCUUGAGGACUUGGAGCUGUAUCCCCCGUUGCUUCCACUUCAGAAGCAGUCCUCUUGCUUAGAAGACCUGUGCGGGGGCUACCUGAAGCCCUCAUGGCAGAGGGGAGGCUGGGGAAGGACAGGUGAAAGGGCAGUAGGCCCCAGCUCCGCACACUGGCCAUGAGCUCUGAAAUCCUGCCAGAGUCUGCAUCCGUAGAGACACCAGAAGGCCCUCGAGAAUGGAUUAAAAGCAGUGGGCACCAGCAUUCUAGCCCUGGCCCAGGGUGAAGUAGUCACGUGGAGCAGCGAUGUGCUAAGAGCUAUUGGGUAAAGAGUCACUCCGAAAAAAGCAGGAAGACCCUGACCUUCUCUCGUGAAUUAGGAAAGCAUUGCUUGAAAGCCUGUUAGGUGCCAGGCACUGUGCCUGGGCACUGAGGACACAGAGUUGACUUAAGCCCUGGAAAUUUCUCUUAGGUCGCUCCCACUCUUGUGCAGUGGUGAACAAGACAGCCACCAAGAGUUGUGAAGGAGACAGGCCGUUCCGCAAGAGCGAAGUCCUAGUGCAAGAAGGCGGCUGUCUUUGGGAUACCUGGAGUGAUGUGUCAGGGACCCUGUGAAGUCAGAGAGGUGGAGCAGGGAAGAAUUCCUGGAGGACGUGAUGUCUGAGCUGAGGCUAACCAGGAAGAAGAAUGGGAACGGAGGAUGGAGGCAAAGGGUUCCAGGCAGUAGGAGGCCGUGGCAAAGGCCUGGAGGUCUGAGAGAACACUUGAAGACAAGUGGCAGGAGCCCAGAGUGAGACACUAGGGCGGGACGAGGGCAAGGCUGGAGCUGCAGGCAGGGAAAGGGAGCUGCCAGCUGAAAGAAAAAUCCAGAAACGAUUUGGGUCUGCAAAUCAGUUUUACAGUGUGUGUGUAUAUAUAUAUGUAUAUAGACAUUUACCCCAUGUAUGUGUACGUAUACAUAUAAAUCGUGUGUGUGUGUGUGUGUUUAAGGGGAGCUUUGAAUAUGAAGCCAUCACUUCCUGUUCCCAGUGCUGGGCGUCCUGCUGAGGUGCCUGUGGAUGCCCCCCACAUGUGGCAGAGUAAGAGGACUGGUUUUUCUACAUGCAGGUGUGGGUGGAGGGUAGGCUGUCCGAGGUUUCCGUCCUGGCAGGUGGGACUGGUUUUAGCUUUGGAGCAGAGCUGGCUGAGGACACUGUGGGGCUUCUUCAGGCCCAGGGACAGGACCAGUUUCCCUCUUCUCAUGGGGGAGUGACUCACAGGCCGUUGCUGACACCGGAGGUUCUGCAGGCUUUUCAGAGGCAGCCUGUGGCGGCUGGUGGUAGCAGUUGGUGAGAAAGAAGUACGUGGUGGCCAUUUCUCCUGCCACUCCUGACAGACAUUUCUGUCGCUAAAUAGCACCUCUCUGUGGCAGCCUUGGGCUCUGCUCUGGCAAAGGAGGAGCAUUUCCUCUCCGUGAGAGGGGCCAUCCGAGGCUUCUGCUCGACCCUAUACGGCACGCCAGCGAGAGUCCGCCUUCCCUCCUGCCACUGGCAGUCAGGGGCACAGGUCCUUAAGUGGUGGACCUUAACUUACGGGGUCAUAGAAAUGACCAUGCUCCAAACGGCAAAACCAAAGCAUGUGAAAAGCGACCUGAGGUUAGAGUGUAGACUGUCUGCCUCCGAAAGGUGGAACGGGGACAGGGUCUCACUUGACUGUAUAUGGCUGCUGCCUUGCAGAUAGCUGGGCUGUCCGCUCUCCUGCCAGGGAGCAAGUUUUGUUCCCAUGCUAGUCCGGCUUUUACUGUUUCCCCUCCUGCCUUUCCCCAGAGACCAUAAACCUGCCUACCUCCUGUUAUGUUCUAGUUCUGAUAGGAGUACCAUUCAGAGUUCUUGGCAGGAGACCAACUCACUUCUCUCCGGGUUGGUUUCCCCUCCUUUUCCCAGCGUGUUGGAUGUGCAUGUUCCCCAGAGUUCUCCAUAUGCAGCUGUAGUGCCCAGAGAUUGGAGCUCUCCUGCAGUGGGAACCCAGCUGCUUCCCUCCUCGGUUUUAGGGGCAGGGCUUGAAAAUAGAGAAUCAUAAUCUCCCUUCCUCCUCCUCCUCCUGCCCCCCUCCCCCCACAAUACACCAAGCAAACUGGAGUGACCGGCUCAGGGGCUCAGAGCGGGACUCAGCCCGCCUCACUGCUCUGCAUGACAGCAGCGAUCUGGAGGAAGAUUAAUGGACGCAAACCCCGUUAUGACUAUGGGGUCUUUGUCCUUGUACUCGGUGUUUGCAUGGACUAGAUAGAACAACAGGAUGGGUAGCAGUGGCCUCCUGCUACGCAGCCAGACUCUUCUGACCGGAGGUAUCCUGGCCCACCUUGGGACACCUCGACUCCAAGCCCAGCAGUAAGUCCAACAUGCUGCGGGGCCGCAACUCAGCCACUUCUGCUGACGAGCAGCCCCAUAUUGGCAACUAUCGACUCCUCAAGACCAUCGGCAAGGGUAACUUCGCCAAGGUGAAGCUGGCUCGGCACAUCCUUACUGGGAAAGAGGUAGCUGUGAAGAUCAUUGACAAGACUCAACUGAAUUCCUCCAGCCUUCAGAAACUGUUCCGUGAAGUAAGAAUAAUGAAGGUUUUGAAUCAUCCCAACAUAGUUAAGUUAUUUGAAGUGAUCGAGACUGAGAAAACUCUCUACCUUGUCAUGGAGUACGCUAGUGGAGGAGAGGUGUUUGAUUACCUAGUGGCUCAUGGCAGGAUGAAAGAAAAAGAGGCUCGAGCCAAAUUCCGCCAGAUAGUGUCUGCUGUGCAGUACUGUCACCAGAAGUUUAUUGUUCAUAGAGACUUAAAGGCAGAAAACCUGCUCUUGGAUGCUGAUAUGAACAUCAAGAUUGCAGACUUUGGCUUCAGCAACGAAUUCACCUUUGGGAACAAGCUGGAUACCUUCUGCGGCAGUCCCCCUUAUGCUGCCCCAGAGCUCUUCCAGGGCAAAAAAUACGACGGACCCGAGGUGGAUGUGUGGAGCCUGGGAGUUAUUCUAUAUACACUGGUCAGCGGAUCCCUGCCUUUUGAUGGACAGAACCUCAAGGAGCUGCGGGAGCGGGUACUGAGGGGGAAAUACCGUAUUCCGUUCUACAUGUCCACAGACUGUGAAAACCUGCUUAAGAAAUUUCUCAUUCUCAAUCCCAGCAAGAGAGGCACUUUAGAGCAAAUCAUGAAAGAUCGAUGGAUGAAUGUGGGUCACGAAGAUGAUGAAUUGAAGCCUUAUGUGGAGCCACUCCCUGACUACAAGGACCCCAGGCGGACAGAGUUGAUGGUGUCCAUGGGUUACACACGGGAAGAGAUCCAGGACUCGCUGGUGGGCCAGAGGUACAACGAGGUGAUGGCCACCUAUCUGCUCCUGGGCUACAAGAGCUCCGAGCUGGAGGGCGACACCAUCACCUUGAAACCCCGGCCUUCAGCUGAUCUGACCAAUAGCAGUGCCCCUUCCCCCUCCCACAAGGUACAGCGCAGCGUCUCAGCCAACCCCAAGCAGCGGCGCUUUAGCGACCAGGCAGCUGGUCCUGCCAUUCCCACUUCUAAUUCCUACUCUAAGAAGACUCAGAGUAACAACGCAGAAAACAAGCGGCCUGAGGAGGACCGGGAGCCAGGGCGGAAGGCCAGCAGCACAGCCAAAGUGCCCGCCAGCCCCCUGCCUGGGCUGGAGAGGAAGAAGACCACCCCCACCCCCUCCACGAACAGCGUCCUCUCCACCAGCACAAAUCGAAGCAGGAAUUCCCCACUUUUGGAGAGGGCCAGCCUUGGCCAGGCCUCCAUCCAGAACGGCAAAGACAGCCUAACCAUGCCAGGGUCCCGGGCCUCCACGGCUUCUGCUUCCGCCGCGGUCUCUGCGGCCCGGCCCCGCCAGCACCAGAAAUCCAUGUCGGCCUCCGUGCACCCCAACAAGGCCACUGGGCUGCCCCCCACGGACAGUAACUGUGAGGUGCCGCGGCCCAGCACAGCCCCCCAGCGUGUCCCUGUCGCCUCCCCCUCCGCCCACAACAUCAGCAGCAGCGGUGGAGCCCCAGACCGAACUAAUUUUCCCCGGGGUGUUUCCAGUCGAAGCACCUUCCACGCUGGGCAGCUCCGGCAGGUGCGGGACCAGCAGAAUUUGCCCUACGGUGUGACCCCAGCCUCUCCCUCUGGCAACAGCCAGGGCCGGCGGGGGGCCUCGGGGAGCAUCUUCAGCAAAUUCACUUCCAAGUUUGUACGCAGAAAUCUGUCUUUCAGGUUUGCCAGAAGGAACCUGAAUGAACCUGAAAGCAAAGACCGAGUGGAGACGCUCAGACCUCACGUGGUGGGCAGCGGCGGCAGUGACAAGGAAAAGGAGGAGUUUCGGGAGGCCAAGCCCCGCUCGCUACGCUUCACGUGGAGCAUGAAGACCACGAGCUCCAUGGAGCCCAACGAGAUGAUGCGUGAGAUCCGCAAGGUGCUGGACGCGAACAGCUGCCAGAGCGAGCUGCACGAGAAGUACAUGCUGCUGUGCAUGCACGGCACGCCGGGCCACGAGAACUUCGUGCAGUGGGAGAUGGAGGUGUGCAAAUUGCCGCGGCUGUCUCUCAACGGUGUUCGGUUUAAGCGGAUAUCGGGCACCUCCAUGGCCUUCAAAAACAUUGCCUCCAAAAUAGCCAACGAGCUGAAGCUUUAACAGGCUGCCGGGAGUGGGGGCGGCGGGGGCGGCCAGCCGGACUUAGCUGCUGGGGCCGGCGCUCCGCCUGCCCGGGCGGGACUGCAGAGACGGAUUGGUGUGUCUCCCCUCCCCGCCCUUCUCAGUUUCUUCUUCCAUGUUUGUGGGGGUUGGGAGAUGGUUCUCUCCCCCCCACAUUUACCCCUGCCCAGAUAGUCCCCCUUCCCCCCUCUCUCCCACAGGAGGCAAAGGAAGGGGAGGGAGGGGUGGGGGGCAGGGCUCCCCCUCGGUACUGCGGUUGCACAGAGUAUUUCGCCUAAACCAAGAAAUUUUUUAUUACCAAAAAGAAAAAAGAAAAAAAAAUCCCAGCGGCCACCUUUCCUCCCUGCCCCAUUGGGACAGUCGAGACUGGAUCUGUGGGGUUUCCCGGGAGGGUGGCUCAGGGCUGGAACACUCUCAGGCAAGAGUGGUGGAGUUCCCUGUCAGGCCCUCCGCCAGGCCCACUUUGGGCUUCUCCCCUCUCCUCUCCUUCCCCUCCAAGCAAACCACCAGAGGUGGCCUUCCCCUGACCUCAGGCCCCUGGGCUGGAGGCCUGGGCGGCUGGGGGCUGGGGGCAGGGGUGCCGCACAGCCCUGAAGCGGUGGGACUGGCGGCUGCUCUGGGGCUGGCAGGCUAGGCGCGGGGCUCGGCCUCCCUCCACACUGUAUCCUCUGCCCCUCCUUCCCCAGAGGCUGGGCAUUUCCUUCCACAAGCUGCUGUGGGGACUUUUGUUCCCCUCCUCAAAAAGUCUGUGCCAUCUUCUCCCACCCCCUCCUGGGUAGAAGGCGGGGCUGACCCCAGGGCUGGGAGAGGGGAGGGGACCGCAGGGCAGAUGGGCUCCUCGGCCCCCAGGGGGCCGCCUGGGCUGCUAGUCUCCGCAACAGGGACGCUGGGCAUUCUCCGUUCUGGGAGAGCCUUUGUCUGAAAGCACAGCCCCCCUCGCCGUCCCUCUCCCCACUGCUCCCCUUCAUUGGCAUUAAUCUGGGCACCAGCUAGUUCCAUAGCAGUGACUUCCCUCACCACUCAUCUCUCGGCCUUGCCUUUUCUUCCUCACACUGUCGCCCCUCCUCUCAGGAGACACUGCCCGGGGGCCCCCGUGGCCGGCCGCCUGGCGGGAGGCUGGACAGGGCAGCAGGGCCGGGAGCCUCUGCCCUCCACAGGGUGGGGGGGACAGAUAGGCCAAGUGACUCCCAGCUUGCUAACCUCUUCAGCCAGCGUGGGAGUGGCUGGUUAUGGGCGCUUGGCUGGUGGCAGCCGCUGCAUCCCUUAAUUUAUUUCUCUGCUGUUUCUGUUCUUGAGAAAUUGGGGGAGGGGGUCCUGAACAGAGGCUGCCUCUACCCUCACCUGAGUUGUACAUUUUUUGUGAUGGGUUUUAUUUUUUAUUUUAUUAUUUUAUUUUAUUUUUUUUUUUGAUUUAUGAUGACUCCACUCCUACUCAUCACCCCACUCCCAGGCCUGGCUCCGUGGCAAGUCGAGCCCUUGGUUCCCAGGAAGGGGCCUCGCCAACCUCAGCCCUCCUGCCCCAAGCCCUGAAUGCGGGCUCCGGCUCCCACCAAGGGCUCCCCCUCCCUUCUUCCCUCCCCCCUCCUGCCCUAUGGAACAGCCCGGGUGCUCCGAGGGGCUGGGAGGGCAAGGCUUGGCUCCCAAAGGGGGUGGUGGCCAGGGGCUGGGGGGGGCCUCCCAGGCAAGGUGGCCCCUCCCCACCCAGCCCCCCUUCCUGCACUUAGUUUCUCCUCUGGAUCAAACACGUAAUAAAGAGAAUGUUUGGAAUCUGA